CUACACUUUGCCACAAUCCAUCCAAGCGACUGCAAGCUUGGUGGGCAAGCCAAAGCCAGUGGUGUCCAUGUCGCUCUAGGCUGCGUUGAAGCAGCGGUAAGUGUGAAGGACGCCUACUGUGCGAACGGGUGUUGUGUGGCUGCCAGCCCACAUGUAGCUCUCGAGGUGCCCAAGCUCGUGGUUGUGACGGAAAGCAGCGCGUGCAAGUUAACAAGUGUCGGCAGUGUGCCAGCGCCGAAGGGAAGUCGUAGGCUGCCUUUCGACGAAACGCCAGCGACACCGCGCUCUACUCAAAUGACAGCGCUGGUUGAUCACAAUUCAAGACGGAACACUAACCUUGGAUUAGACUUUGUCAGCACCUCAAUGUCAAGCGGCAUGGCAAAUGGGGUAGCUCAAAGGAUGAUGUUGCACCGCGGUGGCGCGAUGGCGGGCACGCAGUCGAUUGGAUUUCCUUUGAUUGAGCGAUGUUGGCCGACAACCCCGAAACCCCGUUUGUGUAAUCGGAUCCGUCGAUAUUCCGGAUAAAACGACCGUUACACUUCGUGAAGAUUUGGAUCGCCCGACGACGGCUACAGGGGCCGCCACCGCUGGCUGCGAUGACGUUGUUUGAGGAUGUGAUCAUCGUCGAGUUCGAGAAGCAGACACAGACUCCUCAAAUUGCAUGGCGCUACCUCACGGACGCGGCUUGUGCCCAUGUGAACAACAAGUCGACGAUUCCCGUUGGCCUGGCAGCAAUCUGCGCCCCCGCGGCGGGGAAAUUCCAGAAGAGGGGUAUGGAGUUCACGUUUACCAUUUCAGACGGUCGUGCACGGCAGCAAUACGGCUACGUCAAACAGAUCUUCGUCGUGACCGAAGACAUGUCAACCCAAGUCGUGUGCAUACUUGGCCCAAAGCCAAUGUACGUGUGGUUCACGUGGGUUCUGCGUCUCUUCCACGCCCGCUUGUUACACGAUCCAUCGCGCCGCUCGGCAGUCACGUUACUCAAUGCUGUUCGAAAAGCCGCCGACGCCGACUUUACGUUUCGCCUCGCGUUGGACCACAGCACAAAUCCAGCCUUGUACACGUUUCCGCUGCACCCACCUGGUACAUUUGGCUUACGCACGAUGGACCCUCACAUCCUCAACAACCGAUCGUUCACCAACAAGUUGCAGUCACCCACCGUCCUGCUCGUUCUCCUCAGCGCGCUCUUGCACGAGCAAAAGGUGCUACUGGUGCACGACGAGCGCGACGUCCUUCGCGGGACGUGCCAGCUCCUGCUUCGCCUGCUCGUGCCGUUCACGUGGAAGCAUCUCCUCAUUCCCGUCCUGCCACUUGACUUGCUGAGCUACGCCCAGGCACCGAUUCCUUACUUGCUGGGCUUGACCACGGACGCCUACAGCAGAGCGGCGCUCACGAACGCGAUAGUAUUCAACCUUCACGAAGAGCGCAUCGAGCUCCACAACCUGUACGCAGGGUUUCCCACGCUCUGCUGCGACGAAUGCCCGUUCAUCCCGCCUGAGUCCAACGCUGCCGUCCCGUUUGCGAAACUCGCGUCGUCUGCUCGUACGUAUGCCGCACGAACGGCCGUCCCCUCGCUGUUGUUUGGAUCUGUUUUGAACUUGUGGACGCCCUCGGCAGGCCAUGCUGCGACUGGCAAUGCGCCCCACAGCAACCUUGUCGACGCAUUUCGUCAUGACUUGCAGCAUUGCUUUAUGAACACACCAGAUGGGAUUGAAGCGUGUGUGAACGCGUUGUUCCUUCACGUGUUUGGACAAAUCGACUGGACCCGGGUUGGCACGACCCAGGAAGCGACCGAGCGAUUCCAGCGCGCCAUUGCUGGACAGUACCCCCCGUCGAUGGUGCGGUUCUUCACCGGGCUGUGCUCGCGCGAAGUACUCGGGCUGUACUUUACGCAUGCCCUAUCGACCAAGGCCACCCACUUCCACGGACCGCUGGCCGUGUGUAGUCGCGGCGCCGAUCAAACGUACGCAGCACUCAAACGCGCGCUGCAAAAACGUGCCACGUACAUCCAAGAGUACCCGAGCAUUGUGCAGAUCUUGAACGGGUUUUGCAGUACGACUGCUGGCACGAACGAGCGAGACUUCACGACCAAGGAGCUGCGACCCUUGGCAGACGCGAGCUACCACAUGGACCAGUGUGCGCUGAUGGUGGACAUUCUGUGGGAGCGGCUUGGCGACGCGAACUUUUCCACGUUAUCUUGUGUGCUGCAAGUGCUCGUCUUCCUCGCGAUUUACGGGUGCGAAAUCGCCAUGGAGUACAUGCGGUUCAAGGAGUGCCAACGGGAUCACUGUCAAUUCCUUCAACAGCAUCCCGCGAAAUGCAUUGUGGACAAGGCGGCGUUGCUGCUGGAUUUUAUGGCCUCUCCGCACCGGUGGUUCACGAUGCGGGCGACGCGAAGCCAAGAGCUGUGGCUGUCCACGGUUGUCUUCCCUCGCUUGGACAUAUGGACGUUGUCAAAGCGAACGUCGGCUAUCCCGCCCUUUGCAACCCUGCACCACACCAUCGGCCGCUUCCAUCAACCCGUGCAUUCUGUGAAUCUGUUGGAUUUGGACUUUCAUGUCCCAGCCUCCCCUGGGCUUACGUCCAAGUCGACCCACGAGCUUCAUGGCGAUCCAUUCGACGCCAACGCGUCGUUUCCCACGCAUUGGGGCUAGCUGCUCGCGAGUGCAGCCACGUCACACCAUGUGAGUUGUGUUGGUAUCCUCUAUUUAGUGCCCCUGGUCACAUCUAUCGUGGCGACGAAUUACACUAUUUGAAUGAUGAGCGCGGAUUUGAAAAUAUAGUCCCAACACCCAUGGGCAAGGGCAUUCGCUCAUGGUAACAAUGGAACUACUUCAGGUACA